GAAGGUUCUUCUGCAUACAUUCAGUCGAAGGUAUUCAGUCUGUAAACGUCAACAUGAGCAAUAACUCCAUCGGACAAAGCGAUCCUGUCGUCGAAAUGCAAAUUAAAGUUUUCGUCAACAACGGUGAGGUACAGGUCACUUCUGAUGUCACAGUAAACAAGACGAAGCCUGCAAACCCAGGACACCACGCGAACCCUCGGACCGACUCACCACCAUUGAUCGAUCUCACCACAGACGAAGACCAACGUGAUGGACUGGUCAGCAAUUCUAUUAAGCUCAGCACGCGAAAACUGGGACCUGUCCAUGUAUCGACGCAGGUCCCAAUACCAGCGCAGACGCCUCAUCCGAGGAGACCCCGGCCGUAG